AUGGCAGAAGAAACACAGCCAAAAUGGGAAGGCAAAGCCACAGUGAAGCCAGGGGGGAUAACACCAGAUGAAGUGUGGCCACUCUUGGAGGACUUUUGCAGCCUAAACAAAUGGCUUCCUGGUAUUGACACAUGCUACCAAGUUGAGGGGUCCAAGGACAGCCGGGCUUGUCCUGGGCGUGCCAGAGUCUUUGACCCAAGGUGUUGGAUAGCCAAACUAUCCUUUGUGCUGACCGAAUAUGAAAUCGGCCCUCUAGUGAAUCAGGCAACUGCUGGAAGAUCCGGUGAAGAAGAGGAGGUGAAGGGAGGAGGAGAAGGUUGGGAUUUGCAGGGAGAGUAUGGGAUUUGGUUGAGGGAAACUAAGGCGGCAGAUCAGAUCGGUGGUGGCAGAGAUCGGCUUUGA